AUGUGGUUAAUAACAUUUCUUGCUAUCCUAGUGCUAAUUUCCGUUGAGGCGAAUAAUGUUUGUGAUAUUAACACUAAGGUCUUAAAAGCUGGGUAUCCAUUUGAAACAUAUGACUUGGUAACCGAGGAUGGGUAUAUUUUGGAGGUUUACAGAAUACCACAUGGUAAAAAUGAAACUCAGAGGCACAGACCAGUGGUAUUUAUGAUGCAUGGACUACUUUCUUCUGCUAGUUCGUUCGUUGAAUUAGGACCUGACUAUGCUAUGGCAUAUAACUUAGCUGAUGCCGGCUUUGACAUAUGGUUGGGGAAUGCACGCGGCGUUUGCAACUCCAGACGUCACAUCACCCUGGACCCAGAUGACAACAACCAAAAGGCUGAAUUCUUCAACUUUUCCUGGGAAGAAAUCGCCCUAUACGACCUGCCUCUUCUACUCGAUUUCGCUUUGAAAACAUCUGGACAGGAAAAGCUUCACUACAUUGGUCAUUCUCAGGGAGGAGCCACGUUUCUGGUCCUGAACUCUAUGAGGCCUGAAUAUAAUGAGAAAAUAGAAUCAGCUCAUUUGAUGGCUGGCGUCGGAUACAAACGUAACUUUCCAAAUCAUAUGUUAAGUCGUUUUGCUUCUUACACCAGUGUGUUGUAUGACUUAGUAAGAACAUUAGGUCUUCAUGAGAUCAAACAUGAAUGGAUUGCAUCCGAUAACGACAAACCAGCAGAAGUUGGAGAGUACAAAGUAUCAUUGCGCGACUUGGGAACUUCAGCAUCGGUGAAACAACUGUCACAUUUCGGGCAGAACGUAAGAGACAAAACUUUUAGAAGAUGGGAUUACUCCUUACUAGAGAACUUCUUUCACUACGGCUCGCUAACUCCACCUGAAUACAAUUUAAGGAGAGUCAACGUAGAUAUAACAAUGCAUUACACGAUCGCUGAUACGUUGUUAGACGAAAGGGAUGUUUUAGCUAUGGUAAAUGACCUUCCGAAUGCCAAAGCGCGUAAAAUACCCAAAGACAACUUUUCGCAUUAUGACUUUGUUCAAUCGUCACUUGUCAAACCGUUGGUCACAGAUUAUAUUAUAAGUGACUUGAAAAGUCGAUAA